AGAGGGGUAUGCAAACGAAAACCAUGAGAAUUGUUGUUGCCUUUCUUCUCAUUACUAUCAAUGUUAGCUUCUGCAAAGGAAGCUCUUACAUGGGUUGCAUCAAAAGUGAGAGACAAGCACUUCUAAGGUUCAAGAAAGAUCUCAUAGAUCCUAUGAGCUUGCUUGCCUCUUGGAGUUCUAGUCAUAGAGAUUGUUGUACAUGGUCUGGCAUUGUCUGCAACAACUUGACAGGGCAUGUCCUCGAGCUCAACCUUAGAACUCCUCCAGUAAAAGAGGCUGCAUCUCCAGCCGGUUUUGAACCUGUAGAGGAAGCUCCUGAGAGCUCAAAAUUGGGCGGUAAGAUAAAUCCUUCUUUGCUUGAUCUAAAGCAUUUGCGUUCCUUGGACUUGAGUGAUCAUAAUUUUGAAGGAAUUCAGAUUCCGAGGUUUCUUGGUUCUAUGCACAAUUUAAGAUACCUUAACCUUUCUUUAAGUGAUUUCCAAGGUGUGAUUCCCCAGCAAAUUGGAAAUCUUUCUAAUCUGCAAUAUCUAGCCCUCGGUGGCUUCUCAGAUGCGAAGUUACAUGCUAAAAGUUUGUGGUGGUUAUCUCGUCUUUCUUUGUUGAAACACCUUGACUUGAGUGGUGUGGAUCUCACCAAAUCUUAUGAUUUGUUUGAGGUGAUAAAAGCACUCCCUUCCUUAGUAGUGCUAAAAUUGUCAUCCUGUGGACUUCAUCACUUUCCUCCCCAACCUAUUGCAAAUUUUUCGUCUCUUGCCACCCUUGAUCUAAGUCUAAAUCAUUUUGAAGGUCCAAUCCCUGAUGGACUUCAAAACUUGACUUCGCUUAUAAAUCUUGACUUAUCUUACAAUCAUUUCAGUUCCUCUAUACCUGAUUGGUUGAAUAGAUUUAGCCAUCUAGAAGACCUUUUUCUUCAGGCAAAUAUGUUUGAAGGUGGAAUCCCAAAAUCGAUGGGAAGGCUUUGCAACUUAAGGUCAGUCUCUAUCUCAGGUCUCAACUUAAGCCAAUCAAUAUAUGAAGUACUUGAUAUUUUCUCAAAAUGCGCUUCAGAUGCUCUAGGGUUUCUUGAUUUGAGUGACAGUCAACUUUUUGGUCAACUGACCAAUCAACUUUGACAAUUUAAGAAAUUGCAGACACUUGCUCUAUCAGACAAUUCUAUUUCUGGUCCGAUUCCAUCGUCCUUAGGAGAACUUUCGUCCUUGAAAUAUCUUUAUCUUCCCAACAACAAAUUAAGCGGAACUCUUUCUGAAAUCCAUUUUUCAAAUCUGACAAAACUGUUAGAAUUUGACGCAUCUCAAAAUUCUCUCAUGUUGACAGUCAGUCCUCAAUGGAUACCUCCGUUUAAACUUAUGUUUUUAGGAUUAAGUUCUUGCCAUUUAGGGCCUCUUUUUCCAUCUUGGCUUCGUUCACAAAGGAGUUUGCUUUAUCUUGAUAUAUCCAACUCAAGCAUUUUUGACACCAUUCCACAAUAUUUAUUUAAAUUUCCAUUAAAAUUUUUAAAUCUCUCUCACAACCAAAUCUAUGGGGAAAUUCCAAAUUUAACCGAGUUUACUAACCUUCAUUCGCUUGACUUAAAUUCGAAUAAUUUAUUCGGUAGGUUACCCCUUAUCCCGUUUAAUAUGUCUUCGCUUGAUCUUUCCAACAAUGCUUUUUCAGGAUCAAUUUUCCAUUUCCUGUGUAAUGAGAUGAAUGAGACAAAAAGUUCGAUGCAAAUACUCAUCCUUAGUAAAAACUUCUUAUCAGGGGAAAUACCUGAUUGUUGGUUUAAUUGGAAAAAUUUAGAAGUCCUGAAUUUAGAUUACAAUCGUUUCACUGGAAACCUUCCUACCUCUAUUAGGACUUUAAGUUCUCUUCUAUCAUUAAACCUUCGUAAAAACCACCUUUUGGGAGAAGUAUUUGUGUCGUUUCAAAAUUGGACAGAGAUAGUCAAACUUGAUCUUGGUGAAAAUGAGUUUGUUGGGGACGUCCCAGUGUGGAUGGGAGAAACAUUUUCAAGAAUGCAGAUUCUGAUCCUCCGAUCAAAUAAGUUUAACGGUCUUUUACCUAGGGAACUUUGCCAUCUCAGUUCUCUACAAAUCCUUGAUCUUGCAGAUAACAAUUUUUUUGGAACUAUACCAAGAUGUGUUAGCAACUUCAGCGAAAUGAUAAUAUUGGGUACUUCUCAACCAGAACUAGAAUAUGCAUCUGAUUCAGAUUAUUAUCUAGGUUAUAUGGAGGGUGCAUCAGUUAUGAAUAAAGGUGAAAUGGCUGAAUACAGUAUAAUUUUGGAGCUUGUGAGAAUUAUAGACCUUUCCAAAAAUAACUUUUCCGGGGAGAUUCCUAUUGAAGUGACAAAUCUUGGAGCACUGCAGUCACUAAAUCUGUCACACAAUUCUUUUAUUGGGAGAAUCCCAGAAAACAUUGGUGCUAUGGUAUCCCUAGAAUCUGUUGAUUUAUCUGGAAAUCAACUAUCUGGUGAAAUCCCAUCAAGCAUUUCGAAGUUGACGUUUUUGAGUCACUUGAAUUUAUCCAACAACAACUUGUUUGGAAAUAUUCCUUUAAGUACUCAACUGCAAAGCUUGAAUGUAUCUUGUUUUACUGGCAAUAAACUUUGUGGUCCUCCGCUUCCUAAUAAUUGUGCAGUGACUGUUCCAACACCCAAUGAUCAAAACAGAGGAGAGAAAGACCGUAAUGAAGAUGAAGUGGAUUGGUUCUAUGUAAGCAUGGCACCUGGAUUUGUGGUGGGAUUUUGGUGUGUAAUAGGACCUCUAGUCUUCAACAGGAGAUGGAGGUACAUGUAUUGUCAGUUCUUGAAUCGCCUCCAAGAGAAACUCGGUAGUCUUGUAAGGAUAUGUUACUAGAAUUUUCCAUUUU